AUGAAUACCAAUACAAUGACGCUCCCUGUCACCCUUGAAGAGCGAUGGAUAUCCAACCUUUACCAGUAUCCUGUGGGUGGUGAGCCAUGGCCAUACACCCCAAAAAUAAACCGUGUCUUCAUCCGAUUUUGCUACGUCGAUCAGCAAACCAGAGACGCCGCACAAUGCCUCGUCGGGCAGGCUAUUAGCCUCUGGGCCCAAGCUCUCGGGGGAAAGUCAAGCGCAAACACUGGGCAUGCCAUUGCGUUCCAUGAAGCUAAAACCCCAACUCAGCCUGUCUUGUGCUACGAAGAUCCCGGCCGCACCGUUUGGACGAGUUAUCUGCCCGCCGAUACUUUGGCUAUCUCAAUAGAUCCUAGUGCUUCGUCAAGCUCGGCAUCUUCUGGUUAUCUAAAUUAUGAUCGCGCGGGGAGGCAUACUCUAAUCAUUUCUGGGGAUGUGAUAAGCAGAGGGGAGUCCUGGAGAAUUGCACAUGAGAUUGGGCAUGUUUUUGGCUUGGGUCACGAGCAUGUUCGAAGAGACAGAGAUCAGCACAUUGAGUACAGAUGUGAUCGAGUAUUCGGCUUCCAGAAUGCAUAUAACAAAGCUAAGAAUGAUCCGCCCAACAGUCAUCUGGCAGAUCACGAACUCAAGAAAGCACUUUGCGAAGACGAAAACUUUGGUCAUAGAUAUGGCUUUGAUGUUGGUCUGGCAUUCCAUGUCCGUCCGAAUUUCGGUGUCAACAGCUACUUUGACUGGGACUCAAUUAUGCUUUAUGGAUCGGACACAGCCGCGCAAAACGACUGUAGACACGACAUAGAUCAGUGCCCUAUGCUGAAGAAGGACAUUGAUCCCACAACAGGCAGCAUCUCGUACUCUAAAUUUGACGGUGGACAGGUACCUUCAGCGGCAGAUGUUGCGUUUGUGAGGCAAACCUAUCCAUACAUUCCUCCGUCUCCUUGA